AUGAGAUUCCUGCGAUCGCCGCUCCUGGCGGCCGUUGCGGUGUCCUUGCUCGCGAUGACCGCUUCUGCAGCGGAUACACCUCUCCCCAACCUCUCGACCGAUGUAGAUACCAAAGCAGAUCCUACCCCGACGAACAAGGCGCCCAGUACGAACAAGGCACCCGAGACGAGCAAGGACGCGACGGACAAGGCGGAGACGACCAAGGCACCGGAUACUAAAAAGGCUAGCAACACGGCGGCCCCAAAGACGGACGAAAAGACGACGGCAACCACCGACAAACCUACGACGGCUGUCAUCACCGGAUCCGAGACGCAGGCAACGGACACUAAGCCAAUCCCAACCAUCACUGGUGAUGAGACAACAGGUACAGAUGGAGGCCCUCUCCCCACGAAUAUGCCGAAGCUCGAGGGCGCAUUUACAAUCGUCCCGGCCUCUGUUCCGCCAACCCAUGAUGCCCCUUAUAUGCAGGCUUCAACUCUCCCUGAAGGCACGGUCUUCAUUGCCGUUGGUGCCAUUCUAGGCUUCAUGGCCAUGAGCGUGCUGCUAUGGCGUGGUCUAGUAGCAUGGUCGCUUCACCGAUCAGUGAAGCGCGCUGCGCAACAACAGAACAUGUCCGACACCAAAGCUUUGUUUAGUACUCCUGCUGCACCCUUCUACAAAGACUACCAUGACAGAGAGUCCACCAUUUCCCUAUCAGGACUCGGGCAUCGUCCAAGAAAAGGAAACCGGCCACCAACUUCCAAUGGACCUGCGCCCACGAGUUCACUCUUCUUCUCUCCUACUGCUGGGGCGGCCGCUGCUGGGGGACUCGCUAACCAGGGCAAUCGGGGCUCAGCCUAUCUCCCAGCGGGAUACUAUGCUGCUGGGGCUGCAUCGCCUGGAAACGCCCAAUCCCAUGUGUCAAUUGGUCAGGGUCCUGCUAUUUCGAUGUCAAAUCUUGGACCGGGUGCACCAGGCUACGCUCGAAGGAGUAUGGUUAACCCUUCUCCGCCAGAUAGCCCUUCAUUGCUCGGAAACCGUGGGAACAUGGCGAGUAGCAGUACCUUGAACUUGACCUCGGGAUACGGAGGGGAUCAGCGGGCGCCAAGUGCUGUUUUGGAUGAUCUAUUUGAUGCUGAAGGAGCACCACCAGUGCCUGGACACCAACGAGUUCCAAGUGGUGGCCACCACCGAUACUAG